CACAAUCGAGGAGUUUGAUAUCACAUCACAACUCAAUAAAUACACCGCCUCAUCUCCAAAAAUCCCCCUCUUUCUCUCUCUAACCUGUUCCGGGAUUACCCAAAUCCCUACCUCCCCUUUCGUGAACCCAUUUUCUCUCUCCUCUCCUCUAGGGUUUCUUCCUCCCUUCCUCAAACCCUAGCUACCAUGAUGCAGCAACCAUCUUCCGGCGUCGUACCACCGUCGAUGCAACAACCACCGGUCGAUCCCAACCAGCAGCAACCGCCGGCUCAGUACGGUCAGCCGCAGCAACCGUGGAUGAUGAUGGCGCCGCCUCCUCCUCAGCCGCAACAACCACCGUAUGCGCCGCAGAUGUGGCCUCCUCAGACUCCGCAACAGCCUGGUUUGGCUCCUCCUCAGCCUCAAGCUCAGCCUUAUCCUUUGGCUGCUGCUGCUGCUGCUGCUGCUGCUCCUGCUCCUGCUCCGACGAGUCCUGAUGAGAUUCGAUCGCUUUGGAUCGGUGAUUUGCAGUAUUGGAUGGAUGAGAAUUAUAUCUUCUCUUGUUUCGCUGCUUCUGGAGAGGUUGUAUCUGUGAAGGUAAUUCGCAAUAAGCAAACCAAUCUCUCAGAAGGUUAUGGGUUUGUAGAAUUUGUUAACCGUGCUGCAGCUGAAAGGACAUUAGCUACAUACAAUGGGACAGUAAUGCCACAAACUGAACAAGCUUUUAGACUGAAUUGGGCCAGUCUUGGUGCUGGUCAGAGGAAGCAAGAUGACUCAGCUGACUAUACAGUUUUUGUUGGAGAUCUAGCAGCCGAAGUUUCAGAUGUUAUGCUUCAGGAUGCAUUUCGUGUUCAUUAUUCUUCUGUUAAGGGAGCAAAGGUUAUCACUGAUCAUAUUACUGGGCGUUCUAAAGGGUACGGGUUUGUGAGGUUUGCGGAUGAAGGUGAACAACAGCGUGCCAUGACUGAAAUGAAUGGAGUUGUUCUAUCAACUAGGCCCAUGAGAACUGGACCAGCUGCCAAUAAAAAACCAGCUGGUGUUCAGCAGAAAGCUUCUUAUCAGACUACUCAGGGAAAUCCAGGCGAAAAUGAUCCAAAUAACACAACUAUAUUUGUUGGCGGUCUGGAUCCCAAUGUUACAGAUGACCAGCUUAGACAAGUGUUUAGCCCUUAUGGGGAGUUGGUUCAUGUGAAAAUUCCCGUGGGCAAGGGCUGUGGUUUUGUGCAGUUUGGUAGCAGAGCUGCUGCUGAGCAAGCAUUGGCAGCAUUGAAUGGAGCUCAGAUUGGAUCUCAGAGUGUUAGACUUUCAUGGGGUCGUAGUCCAUCAGCCAAACAGGUACAACCUGGUCAGGCUCAGUGGAAUGGAGCAUAUGGAUAUGGAUAUCCUCAAGGGGGCUAUGAUGCUUAUGGAUAUGCUGCAGCAGCUCCUCAGGACCCUAACAUGUAUUAUGCAAAUUAUGCAGGAUAUGGAAAUUACCAGCAAACACAGCAGUGAUUUAUUGAUAUGCUGGCUGUGAAGUCCUGGGAGAUGGUGAUUACGUUCUACUUCACUGAGAGAUUUGGUAGAUGAAUUUUCCUGGGAUCACAUAUGUAUUUUAUUAGCCCUCUUUCCUUUCCUAGGAGUCUCCCUCCCCCUCCCUUCCCCCUCUUUUUUUUUUCUUUUUUCUUGGUACUCUGAGAACAAACCUUCCUCCAUGUUGGUGGAUGUGAAUUUCCAACUCUAGUGUUCUUCUGGAUCGGUAAGGGUUAGUUACAACCCCCAUCCUGUGACCCCCAUCUUCUGGAUAUUUAAACUAUUUUGCUUAAUCUGAAUGGCUGAUGCAUGCACAACAUGAUGCUUUUAAACUA